GCGGAGCCUCCUCGCCGCUCUCGCCGGCGAGCAAGAUGAUGUGCGAGGUGAUGCCCACUAUCAGUGAAGCAGAAGGCCCCCCAGGAGGAAGUGCAAGCCAUGGGUCUGGCUCCCCUUCACAGCCAGAUGCAGAUUCCCAUUUUGAACAGCUCAUGGUCUCCAUGCUAGAAGAAAGGGACCGUCUUCUCGACACACUGAGAGAGACUCAAGAAACAUUGGCAUUGACCCAGGGGAAAUUACACGAGGUUGGUCAUGAAAGAGACUCCUUGCAGAGACAGCUCAAUACUGCACUUCCACAGGAGUUUGCAGCACUCACGAAAGAACUCAACAUAUGCAGAGAACAGCUGCUUGAGAGGGAAGAAGAAAUUGCCGAGCUGAAAGCAGAAAGGAACAACACAAGGCUGCUCCUAGAACAUUUGGAGUGCCUUGUCUCCAGGCAUGAACGCUCUCUCAGGAUGACUGUGGUGAAGCGGCAAGCACAGUCUCCUGCAGGUGUGUCCAGCGAGGUGGAGGUGCUUAAAGCACUGAAGUCCUUGUUUGAACACCACAAGGCCCUAGAUGAAAAGGUGCGAGAGCGGUUACGAGUAGCCCUGGAAAGGUGCAGCUUGUUAGAAGAAGAACUAGGAGCCACACACAAGGAGCUAAUGAUUCUUAAAGAACAGAAUAAUCAGAAAAAAACACUAACAGAAGGAGUGCUUGACAUAAACCAUGAACAAGAAAAUACACCAAGCACUAAUGGAAAAAGAUCAUCUGAUGGCUCUUUAAGCCACGAGGAAGACCUUGCUAAAGUAAUUGAGCUCCAGGAAGUCAUAGACAAGCAAUCGAAAGAACAGAACCAGAUGAAGGAGCGCCUGGCUACACUUUCCAGCCAUGUGUCGGAGCUGGAAGAGGAUCUUGACACAGCUAGAAAGGAUCUCAUCAAGUCUGAAGAAAUGAACACAAAAUUGCAACGAGAUGUUCGUGAAGCAAUGGCCCAGAAGGAAGACAUGGAGGAGAGAAUCACUACCCUUGAAAAACGCUACCUCGCUGCACAGCGUGAAGCCACAUCUGUGCAUGACCUCAAUGAUAAACUUGAAAAUGAAAUUGCAAAUAAAGAUUCUAUACAUCGACAGACGGAGGACAAAAACCGCCAGUUACAGGAGCGCCUGGAGCUGGCUGAGCAGAAGCUGCAGCAGACCUUGAGGAAGGCAGAGACACUGCCAGAGGUGGAGGCAGAGCUGGCCCAGAGAGUGGCAGCGCUGUCCAAGGCUGAAGAGAGACAUGGCAACAUUGAAGAGAGGCUACGGCAGAUGGAGGCACAGCUGGAGGAGAAGAACCAAGAACUGCAGCGGGCAAGGCAAAGAGAAAAGAUGAAUGAAGAACAUAAUAAACGUUUAUCAGACACUGUUGACAAGUUGCUUUCAGAGUCCAAUGAGAGGCUUCAACUUCAUCUGAAGGAGAGAAUGGCUGCUCUGGAAGAUAAGAAUUCUCUACUGCGAGAAGUUGAAAAUGCAAAAAAGCAAUUAGAAGAAACACAACAUGAUAAGGAGCAGCUUGUACUGAACAUUGAAGCUCUGAGGGCGGAGCUGGACCAGAUGAGGCUGAGAGGAGCUUCACUCCACCUUGGCCGCCCCCACUUGGGCAGUGUCCCAGAUUUCAGGCUCCCCAUGGCAGAUGGGCACACAGAUGCCUACAGCACCAGUGCAGUGUUGCGGCGCCCCCAGAAAGGUCGGCUGGCAGCGCUGCAGGACGAGCCUUCCAAGGUACAGACGCUCAAUGAGCAGGAUUGGGAACGCGCCCAGCAAGCUAGUGUUUUGGCAAAUGUGGCACAGGCAUUCGAGAGCGAUGUUGAUGUGUCUGAUGGUGAAGACGACAGGGACACUCUGCUCAGCUCAGUGGAUCUGCUGUCACCCAGCGGGCAGGCUGAUGCACAGACAUUGGCCAUGAUGCUUCAGGAGCAGCUGGAUGCCAUCAACAAAGAGAUCAGGCUGAUACAAGAAGAAAAGGAAAACACAGAGCAGCGGGCAGAGGAAAUUGAGAGUAGAGUUGGCAGUGGAAGUUUAGACAAUCUUGGUCGUUUUAGAUCAAUGAGCUCUAUCCCCCCCUAUCCUGCUUCCUCGCUUGCUGGCUCUUCUCCUCCAGGCAGCGGUCGUUCUACCCCAAGAAGGGUCCCUCACAGCCCAGCCCGGGAGGUGGACAGGCUGGGCGUCAUGACUCUGCCUAGCGACUUAAGGAAACAUCGUAGAAAGUUGCCAGCUUCCAGAGAAGAAGUACGAGAUGACAAGACAACCAUAAAAUGUGAAACUUCCCCUCCCUCCUCUCCGAGGUCCCUCCGGUUAGACAGGCUGCACAAAGGGGCAUUGCAUACAGUCAGCCACGAAGACAUCAGGGACAUGAGAAACUCGACUGGCUCCCAGGAUGGUCCUGUAAGCAAUCCCAGCAGCAGUAACAGCAGCCAGGACUCGCUCCACAAAGCCCCGAAGAAGAAGGGCAUCAAGUCCUCCAUUGGCCGUUUGUUUGGCAAAAAGGAAAAGGGUCGACCUGGACAAACUGGCAAAGAAUCACCAGGACAAGCCGGUGUUUCGGAGACAGAAAACUCAUCUCAAGAUGCCUUGGGACUUAGCAAAUUGGGAGGGCAAGCUGAAAAAAAUCGUAAACUUCAAAAAAAACAUGAGUUGCUGGAGGAAGCCCGGAGGCAAGGCUUACCAUUUGCGCAGUGGGACGGGCCAACGGUGGUUGUAUGGCUGGAGCUCUGGGUUGGGAUGCCCGCCUGGUAUGUGGCUGCCUGCAGAGCAAAUGUGAAAAGUGGGGCCAUCAUGUCAGCCCUGUCAGACACAGAGAUCCAGCGGGAGAUUGGCAUCAGUAACCCCCUGCACAGACUGAAGCUGCGGCUGGCCAUCCAGGAGAUCAUGUCGCUAACCAGCCCAUCCGCCCCACCCACAUCAAGAACGACACUUGCAUAUGGGGACAUGAACCACGAGUGGAUUGGCAACGAGUGGCUACCCAGCCUGGGCCUUCCUCAGUACCGCAGCUACUUCAUGGAGUGCCUUGUGGAUGCCCGGAUGCUAGACCAUCUGACCAAGAAAGACCUGCGAGGGCAGCUGAAAAUGGUUGACAGUUUUCACAGAAACAGCUUCCAGUGUGGGAUUAUGUGCCUACGAAGGUUAAAUUAUGAUCGAAAAGAACUGGAAAGAAAAAGAGAAGAAAGUCAGAAUGAAAUAAAAGAUGUGCUUGUUUGGAGCAAUGAUCGAGUGAUUCGCUGGAUCUUAUCCAUUGGCCUUAAAGAAUAUGCAAACAAUCUCAUAGAGAGUGGUGUUCACGGUGCACUUCUGGCCUUAGAUGAAACCUUCGAUUUCAGCACACUGGCACUGUUGUUACAGAUCCCAACACAGAACACACAGGCUCGAGCUGUCUUGGAAAGAGAGUUUAACAACCUUUUGGUCAUGGGGACUGACAGAAGGUUUGAUGAAGAUGAUGACAAAAGCUUUAGGAGAGCACCUUCAUGGAGAAAGAAGUUUAGACCAAAGGACAUUCGCGGCCUGGCAGCUGGGUCAGCCGAGACACUCCCUGCAAACUUCCGAGUCACUUCUUCCAUGUCUUCCCCCUCUAUGCAGCCAAAGAAGAUGCAGAUGGACGGCAGUGUAUCAGGAACACAGAGGUUGGAUUCUGCUACAGUCAGGACUUACUCCUGCUAAAGCCUCCUGUUGUUUACCCACACUACUUCUACAGAUGAUUAUGCAGCAUUUUGAAUCCAACAGAGACUACAUUUUUGAAUUCAGUGGAAUCUCUAAUCUGUUAAUACUUGUUAUAUGGACCCUAAGAUAUUUUAUUACAGAGUUUUUAAUUAGUGAAAAAUUCAUGAAUACCAUAGAGAAAAUAUUUUAGAAUUUAAUGUUUCUUAUAUUUAUGUAAACUUAUGACUUUUCAUUUAUAUAGUUACUUACUUUUUCAUGUAUAUCCAGGCUAUAAAUAUCCUCUUGAAUCAAUUCAUGUUCUUAUACCUAAUUUUAGUCUUUCAAAUGAAUGUACUGUAAUGCUUGUAUGUAUAAAUCCUAUGAACAAAUAUAGGGCUUUUGUAAAUUAUGCACUUAUUGUAAUUAUCACUGUUUAAUUUUUUAAUGAUAAGCCAUGACAGAAAAAAGGAUUUUACUACAUUUAUAAAAUCGUCAUGACACAAGCAAUGUGCAUUAUCCUUCACCUAGCUCUACAUCAAUCAUUUUAAAUAAGCAGACUUAAUUCCAAGCAGUUAUUGUCAUAUUUUAAGGUUGACUGACCUUAACUGAACUUUUUCUAGCAAGAAAUCAGCGUCUAAUAAAAUUGGGACUGAACAGUUACACCAGAACACUAAAAACCUCCCUUAGCACUGGUUCCCAUUUCCUCAUCUGUCUCUGGACUUGGGAAGCUUGUCUUCAGAGACUUGACCAGAAGCCAUCAGCUGGGAGCUGCUCUCAGCAGGGCUAGAGUGGCCAGGGGGCCGGCCCCAGCCUGGCACCUUCUUGCUGCCUCUCUCCUGUGAGCAGGUGGAAGGUGCUCUCCAGUUGUUCUUCGAGGACCAAUCAUUGAGCACUGUGCUCACAUCUCACAGGCAUCACUGCAUGAGCAGAUGAAGGCAGGAAACCCUGAAAAUAAAGUUGUGCAACUCUAAUAAAGGCCUUAUUUUUCAUAUGUAAGUCAUCUUUUUUACAUUUGUUUGUAAACAUGCUUAAAAAUGAACCUAGUCAUACAUUUUUAGAUUUUGAUGAUAUAGCCAUUUUGGAUUGUGCAAGUAGCAAGUGUAACUUUUACUUUUUAAAUGGCAUAUUAAAAAGCCAGGAAGGAAGGAGUCAGAUCAUGGUGCAUUAUUUAUUAUGCAACUGAUACAUAGGUAGAAGCAGCAUGUCUUUUUACAUUUGGUUUCUGCUUUCAAUUCACUUGUACAAUUCAUUGUUACUGUUCUGUUUUUCUAUUAAUCUUUUGUGAACUUCCUGAUUAUGUAACAAAGUGUACAGUCUACUUUUGAACUAUUUUUAUCACAGUAUUAUUUAUUGCUUUCUUUCAAUAAAGUACUGAAGCAUUUUCCACUGCCAAUAAAGAGUUCUGUGAAUAAGCCAUGAUUUUUAAAA